CAGAGAGCUCUGCGGGGUGCGGUGCGUGCGUGGAUCCUGUCCGCGGGUCUGUGGCUCGCGCGCUGCGUCUGGAAAUCUGGAAACGAGGCGCGCGACUCCACGAGCCGUGCGUUAAUGUUGGACACACGCGCACCACACCGCGUGAAUUAUUAAUGAACAUAACACCAAGAUGAAUCUCUCCUUCGAGAACUCGUCCGCCUGGAAAGCCGAGUCUGUGGUCAUCUCUCUGGGCUUCUCGCUCAUCUUCCUGCUCGGCACCGUGGGGAACUCUCUGGUUCUGGCGGUUCUGUUCCGUAACGGACAGAUGAACACCAAAACCACCAACCUGUUCAUCUUCAACCUCGGCAUCGCUGACCUGUGCUUCAUCGUCUUCUGUGUGCCCUUCCAGGCCACCAUCUACACCCUGGAUGAGUGGGUGUUCGGACCUGUGCUGUGCAAACUGGUCCACUUCAUCAUUUUUCUCACCAUGUACGCGAGCAUCUUCACCCUGACAGCUGUCUCCCUGGACAGGUAUUUUGCCAUUUGCUACCCACUCCGCUCCAGAGAGAUGAGAACACCAAAGAAUGCCCUGACCUCCAUCUGCCUGGUCUGGACCUUGGCCUUGGUUUUCUCUGGUCCGUAUCUCAGCUACUACACACAGAUGGACCUGGUCGGCACUGUGGUGUGCAUCCCUGCCUGGGAGUCCAGACCACGCGUCAUAAUGGACGUGUGCACCUUCAUCUUUGGCUACCUGGUCCCCGUCCUGGUGCUCAGCCUCACCUACGCUCGUACCAUCCGAUACCUGUGGACCAGCGUGGAUCCCGUGAAGGACAUGUCCGAGUCGAGGCGUGCCAAACGGAAAGUCACUAAGAUGAUCAUCAUCGUCACCGUUCUCUUCUGCAUCUGCUGGCUUCCCCAUCACCUGGUCAUCUUCUGCAUGUGGUUCGGACGCUUCCCCCUCAACCACACCACCUACGUCCUCCGCAUCCUCUCCCACCUGGUGGCUUACACCAACUCCUGCCUCAACCCCAUCGUCUACGCCCUCGUCUCCAAACACUUCCGCAAAGGCUUCAGGAAGGUGUUCAGCUGCUCGCUGAGGAAGAGGGAGGUCAACAAGGUGCACGUUGUGCAGGCGGUGAACACGGUCAGCAGCGUGGAGACGUCCAACUGAAGAUGACUGCCGAGAGCCGGGUGAAGGAGGGGAAGAGCCAGCCGAACAUGAUGAACUAUGAACAUACCCAGAAACUAUCUUUAGAAGACAUCUAAAAUCCAAAAGUCUGAUUUAAACUGGACAUCACGAUGUCGACACCUCCAGCAGUUACAACCUGAAACUAAAAAAACAAAGUCUGUAUUUGACACAGUGAAGACGCAGACUGCAUAUCGUUAAUUAAAUUGAUCACAGAAGAAUAAUACAGUCAUGAUUUCUCAACGAUCAAAGCAUGCACGCUCCAGGGAUGGUUGACCAGUCCACCACUGUGGGCUAGACUGAAAUAUCUCAACAACUAGUCAAUGGAUUUCCAUGAAACUGGGUACAAACAUUCAUGGCCCCCAGAGGAAACAAACAUCUGACUUUGGUGAAGACUUGUCCUCUAGUGCCACCAUGAGGUUGAUCUCAGAGAUUGCCGCAGAUGUCCAUGAACUUUAGUGAACCUCCACCAAUAUUUGUGUCACCUACUGAUUAUCCAACUCUGCACGGUCGUGGAUGCAAACAAGCAUUCUUUCACAUUUUCUUUUUUUAUUUUCUUUUUUUGUUAAAAUUUGCGGCACUGCUGUGAGCAUAUUAGGGUAUAGCUCAAAGCACUUCCUCACAGAGCUGCAGACUCUUAGUCUUAAGUCACAGUGGUAGUGGUUCAGCAUGUGCACACUGCUCUGAACACCACAACAUAACAAGGUGUGCACGAUUCAACUAACACUCAGGACCUGACGUGUGCUCGGCCAGAGGCUGAAGUACUUUUCCUGGAAACCAGACGAGCGCUGACUCCACGGGGCAGACGGAGCCCUGCAGACUGAUGAAACAGCAGCAAUGAAGAGAUAUUAAUCACUAUUGUACACAGAGGCUUGUUGGAUUACAGCACAGUGUUAGUUACAAAUUGAUUUUGUGUAGCACUUUGAAUAAACACUAAUUAAAAGGAAGGAAGGAUGAAGCUACAGUUAAAAGCUCUGACGAGUCUUGCAUAAAGAAGGUUGGUGGAGCACGAUGAGUCUGGAAGCUGCUUGAAGAGUCUGAGGAGCUGUGGGUGCUGAUGGACUGG